AUGAAAGAGCUGUACAACGAGUUAAACGAAUCAAUUAUCGAUUCUACAAUUGCUGAACGAGUGCAGAGAUUGAAUGAGCUUGCUUUGAGUGAGGUUCUGCAAUUGAAGGCGGCCAUCGAACAGGAAUUGGAGAAGCAUUUCGGUGCGUUGAAGAGUCAAGGUGUUGACCUGUCAUCGCCCCUGAUCACCGAGGAUGGGUUUCCUAGAGAGGACAUUGAUGUCCUGCAGGUGCGUUUGACUAGAAGGUAUCUGAACAUGCUGAGAAACGACCUGCGUGACGUGAUCGACCGUUCGCAGUUCCUGUUGAACGACCAUUUCCAGGCCAGUAAUCCAGCGGAACGGCCAAUAGACAGUACCUCUAUAGUUCCGUUCGCUCAGAUUUAUGAUAUACUGCCCAACGGACCUCUGGAUGUUGCAGGAGUGCGAGAGAGCGAUAAAUUAAUUGCCAUUGCUAAUGUCAACGCUACUAAUCAUUCGAAUCUAUCUCUUCUACAAAAGACUAUACGAGAAAACGAAAAUGUGCCACUACCGAUCCGUGUCCUAAGAAACCAAGAGGUUCUCGACCUCACAAUGACACCUAGCAGGCAAUGGAACGGUCCAGGGCUCCUGGGAGCCAGGUUGAAAUUGAUCUAG